CGCUCCGCUCCCCCUCCAUUUCCUCCACCAUUCCCCUCCCCAGCGCCGGGCGGCGGCGGCGGCUUGGCCUCGCCGGCUUGCCGUAGUGGGGCCGCCUUAGCGCUGCCUGCCUGCCUGCCUGCCCGCCUGCCUGCCCGCGGUGACUUCCGUGCGGGCGGCGCCGCCAUGUCGCAGCACGGCCCGAGCGUCACGCUGUCCCUCACGCUGCCCAUCACCUGCCACAUCUGCCUGGGGAAGGUUCGUCACCCAGUAAUCUGUGUGAACAACCACGUCUUCUGUUCCAUUUGUAUUGAAGUCUGGUUGAAGAACAAUAAUCAAUGUCCAGCUUGCAGGAUUCCCAUCACGCCUGAAAAUCCUUGCAAGGAAAUCAUAGGAGGAACAAGUGAAAGUGAUCCUAUAUUUAGUCCGACAGUCAGAAAACACCUACGUAAAACAAGGCUUGAAUUGCUCCACAAAGAAUAUGAGGAUGAAAUAGAAUCCCUGCAAAAAGAAGUGGAAGAACUUAGAGGCAGAAAUCUCAAUUUACAGACACAGCUGAAAUCUCUUCUGGAUCCUACAGCACCGGCUUCCUCUUGCCAAAACAAGGAAACUAGCCAGUCAGCAGAUGAAGCAAGUACCAGUGGCCCAGAAACCCCAGAGGAAUGGAGCAAAAAGCUGAAAGCUGCCAAUGAUAUAUGUGAAAAAGUGAUAGAUAAUGUGGAAAAGUUAAAGGAGGCAAAUAAGAAACUGAGCAUGGAAAACAAUAGCCUUUUAAGAGAGAAUUUGCGACUAAAAGCUGAAGUUGAUAGUAGAUCACCCCAAAAGUUUGGUAGGUUUACAGUAGCUGCACUUCAGUCCAAAGUAGAACAAAGUGAACGUGAAAUGAACCGUCUUAAAAAAGCAUUGGAAAGAAGUGAUAAAUACAUAGAGGAAAUGGAGUGUCAGCUUUUACAGCUGAAAAAUGCAGGUGAAGGAACCCAGACCAUGAGUGCUGUUAGUGAGAGAGCUCUUUCUGCAGAUGCUAAAGGAACUGAGAACAGUGAAGACACUACAUGUUUGAAAACCCAGGUUGAGGAGAAGAAAGCUGUGACUACUGGUCAAAGUUCUGACAGCCUUGAACAGCUGUCAGGUGAUGGAACAUGUUCAAGUUCUUCUAGUCAAGAUGGUUCAGCUGGUUCAAACAGCCAGUGCGUCCCAAAGAAGGAGCUAUUUCCAGGGUGUCAGGGAGCUCUCCUGGAUGAGAAUACUACAAAUAUGGAUACCUGCUUAGAACAGCAGUGGAAUAAAAUUGAGGAGUGUACCCCAUAUAAGGAUGAAGAACUUUAUGAUCUUCCAGCACCGUGCACUCCGUUUCUGUCUCUCAGUCGUCUUCAGCUGAAUACUCCCGAUGGAAAAGAAAACGCAGGGAAACCGUCAACGUUCCUGAGAAAGCUGAAAUUUGAAGAAUUUUGUGACACUUCAGAUGACUGCAGCAAAGAUUCUCCAGAGCACAGCACAAGCAGUGAAAAGAAGCUAAACUGUUUUACUAUGGGAAAAUCAGGGUUUUGGGGGACUUGCCCAACGAACUUUGCUGAGAACUUAGAUUUUGAUGAAUCAGCGCAAAAUUCAGUAGCUGGCCAGUCAGCUGAAACAUCAGCAAAGUCCAGCGAUAAAGCAAGUUCGUGCUUACCUAAAAGGUUGCAUACUCUCUGCUCUUCUGAAAUGAAUCGCACAAGAACCUCCAGCGAGACAUCUAUGGAUGCCGCCUACCUCGAUAAAAUUUCCGAGUUGGACUCAAUGAUGUCUGAAUCAGACAAUAGCAAGAGUCCUUGCUAUAAUUUUAAGUCCUCUGAUCUUGAUAAUUCUUCAAAGUCAACAGAGUGCUCAAAGCUUCUGAAUGAAACUGAGAAGAAACUGGAAGGGAUGAAUGAGGAACAGAGCAUGAAGUGUCCAGAGACGAGCGAUCUACCAGUUGACAGAGCUGGAUGGAAACCUGCUAUGUUUUCCAUCCUCUCCCCAUCUGGACUAGAUAUGAAUGACCACUUCCCACUUUUUACGGGCCAAAACGUAGCAGCUAGUGAAAUCAAGCCUCCGAACUGUUUAUUUCAAAGAGAGUUUUCCCAGAGUUUACUAUUCAGUAAUUCGCAGAGGCUAUUUGAGGAACAGAAGUUUGGUUUGCUUUUAAAGAUGUCAUCUGACCUGCACACCCAGCUUAAUCCUCCUUGGGUGCCUUCCUUUAUUGCUGAAAGGAAAAACAAAAAUAUCAGUCAGUCAACCAAGAGGAAAAUUCAGAGCAGCCUUUCCAGCGCUAGUCCAUCAAAAACUACCAAGAACUGACUGUGGAAAUCAAACGCGACUCAAAGUUGUCAACCUGCAAAUGUUUAAUAUUUACCAAGUGAACUUCAUUUUUAAUGACUUCCAUGCAGUCUGAUCCUGCCUUUUUCUGGCUAAGUGUAAACUGAACAUUCCCUUGCCCAUUGCAAGGUCUUUCCUAGGGAAGAACCAUUCCAGAUCUGCUUCUUUGGCUGGAAAUCAUGUUUACUUGGAAUUUCUGUGGGCUUUUUUUUUUUUUUUUUUUUCACCAUUUAGGUUUUCAGGUAUCAUGAUCUUCCAGUUGUGAGCACAGUGCAUGGCUCCAUUGAACAGGACAGUUUUAAGUGGUCUUGUCAAAUCCGUCAGUUAUAUAAGAACUUGUUUUAAAGGUUACAUUUUCCAUUCCUAAAGAUUACAUUUUGUGCGUGCAGGGCAGCUACUGGCUAUAUAUCCUAUGGAUUCAUGAAAUUGCUAUAAAACAAUGUCAGUUUUGCCAUAAAACUUGCCUCCAAGAGGAAAUGUUGCUGCUUUGACUGUUUCAUAGCACUGUACUGUACUGAAACUAUUGUUUUAAGUGGGUAUAAGGUAGCAGCCUCUUUCUUUUCAGGGUUACACUACUUCAGUUAGAAAAAUGUCACUUCUUUAACACUGCAAACAUAGCUUGUAUUUUUUGAAGUUAAGCACAAUUUUUAAUUUAGUUCCCAAAAAGUGUUGUUAUUCUAAAUGUGUUCAGUAUGCCUAUGUAGACCAUGAAAAUAGGUUUGUAUGCUAAUGACUUGUUUACCUAAUGUGCACUGAACAUUUUACAUUAAUACUGUACCAUUUUACAUUAAUACUGCAUGCUUUUCUAUGUGAAUUGAAUAAAACAUGUUAUAAGCACUGUA